AAACCAAUGGCCAAGGAUGAAAGUAACAAAAGGAGAAGAACGGAUUCCGACAAGAACUCAACCUCUGAUCCUAACCUCGAUUCCUUCGACUGGGUAUCAUGGACCCAAGAAGAACAGUUAGAUAACUUUAUCCGGAAAAAACUGGAUCGUCUUUAUGACCGAGCUCUGUUUGUGCUUCUUUCCAGUGGAUAUCAUAAAGAAGUCGCUUUACAAGGAAAAGACGACGACGUUGAAUCGGAAGAACAACAAGAUCGACCUCAACCGUUCAAGAAUCUUGAAUUGUUAGUGGACUUCAAUCUGCACUUUAUGGUGUAUAUUUUGCAAAAAUAUAGUCCCAAUUUGAAUAGAAUGUCUGUACUUCGAUCUAUUCUUAUGACUGAUUUGAAUUUGAAUCGAGCCAUUAUCAUGACUAUGCCUUUUGACAUGCCUAGUGAUUUGAAUCUUGAGGAUGAUGAGGAUGGUGAUAAUGGAGAGAAAGACAUGUUCUUGGCUCUUGAAACCAGAGAAAUUCUUGAUAAUUUGAAUGUUCUUGAUGAUUCUGUUGUUUCCGAGGAAAUGAAGGAUGCCAUGAUUGCUGAUCUUAAGAAAAGGAAAAGAUGGGCAAGUAAGAAGGUGGCAGAAGGGAGAAGAAAGCAACCCUCCAGGGUAAAGAGUCUAAUACAGGAGAUUUGGGCAUUACAAUAUUCCUUAGAAGUGAGGUUAGGAUACAGAGUAUCUGCAUUAUCAUCAGCAAAAAAGGGAUUAGAUAAUGCGGAGAAAACUAUGGACUGUCUUGAGAUGGAGAAGGAAGGGAUUAAAGCAGAAAUGUCGGCAUCAAAGCUAAUAGAAUCGAAGACAAAGAAGAAAUGUUUGAAAGUUUCAAAGGAAAAGAUAUCGAAAUGGGAACAACAGUUGGUUGAGAAUGAUGCAGCUAUAAUCCGGGCUCAGGUGAAAUUGAAUGAGGCUAACGAGGAAAGGGAUAAGGUGAUUGCAGUAGAUAAAUUGGAAAAUAAGCUGGCCUUAGAGAAGUGGGGUUGUUUGAAACGAAAGGUUCGUUCGCUUACAACUGAGGAGAGGGCUAUUAUUGAUGAACACAUGGAGAGGGUGAAGAAAGUGCUUCAAUUCGUCGCAUCACACAUCAAUAAUGCAUUAUAAGACCGAGGCCACAGAGUUUAUGAACUGAAUACGCAAUGAUCUGUAUGUAUGUAUGUAUGUCACUUUGGAAUUAGACAAAUUCUUUUCCUGAUAUUGAUUUCCUGUUGAAUGAACAUAAUAUUGAUUUCUAUGGUUGUUUGAAUUAAAUCGAGUAUCACUCUU